UCAAUGAGCUAUCGUGCAAGCGCUAUCGUUUAGUUGAUAUCACUUUUACGAUUAUUUGACUAUUGUCAAAACUCUAUUUUUAUUUCAGAAUUUCAAGUUUGAAAAUUAAUUUUUAGCUAGAACAUCGAAAAAAUAAAAAAACGGACACGGUCUCCACGACUAGAAGUUUUUCCUCAACCAGUGAUGACAAAAAAGUAAGAACCAAAUCCUGGUUUAUUGACCUAGUACAUCAUGGGGGUGAAUUUUUUAAAAAUAACUCUAUGUUAUCCAGCACACGCAGAGAAGUUUUUAGUUCCAUUUAUAUAAUUAUCUGUGCAUCUGUGUCUAUUGUGCAGAUUUAAGGGCAUUGCAUUCCCAUAAGAUCUUCGUCUCGUCUAUUUUUAGUUUAUCAUUUUAAAGAAGAACAAAAUUCUUCCCCAAGGUACCUACAUAUGUACAUAAUGUUUUCUUUCGAAUAUUUCAUUCGGAACUAGAUCUUACAGGAAAUAGGUGCGCAUCACUUUAAAUUUGUAGAUUGAAAAUCUUUGUACGUUUAUUUUCAUUCAUGGCGUCUUUUGGCAUUCGUGGUUUAAAUCAAAACGGUGGAAUAAAUAUUUGUUGCUGUCGAAUAUGCACCUGUGUAAAUUUUAAUUUUUUGACCUCCAAAGUUGGCCUGUUAAAAGUUUUGGAGCUAUUUUUGGCGUCAAUUUGCGAAGGACUUCUCGUAAAGUAUGGUAUUCCGGUGGCUGAUACUAUUGGUCAAGCAUUGACAAGUUUCCUAACUACAACCGCUUAUUGUUUUACUACAACAGCAAUUCUUGUAGCUUGUUAUUGUUUCUCAGAUAAGUCAUACAGUCUUAUUCGACAAUCUUUAUUUGAAACUCUUUUCAAUGCUGUCGCAUGUUUUAUGUACUUUAGUGCUGCUAGCUAUAUGGGAUUUGCUUGUGUAGUUUGGUUGCAUCCACAGUUUUUAAUAAGGCCAGGAUUUUGGGCGUAUCCUACCAUGACGGCUGCAUAUGAACAUUUGAUGAUGGUUUUAAAUCGACUGAAAGUCAAUUAAAAUCAAUAUGGCAUAUAUGAGAGUAUAGGAAGUCGGCAAUAAAUCAGGGAAGAAGAUACGAAACAGGGUUGUUUAUUAAGAUGAACUCCUACUAUUCGAAACAAAAAUCAAAAUAUAUAUAAGAAAGUAUUAUUGCAAACAUUCAGCUCGGCAGUCUGCGAAAAGGAACAGUCCUGGAAAUCACUUCUGUCGCUCAAGAUAUGGCGAAGAUAUGUAUAUCGGCCUACAAAAUGGAGAUACUACAAGAACACAAGCUGAUCCAAUUUUUCAUUCCGGUGAAGAUGAAGAUGACAAUUAAUCUUUCGUAGACCAACAACUUUUUAAAUAAUAGUUUAUUUAAAUAUCAAACUCCAGGCACUGUGUAUAAAAGCA